AUGCUUGACCUCAUCCGCGACUCGGCCUUUGGCCAUAUUGUCCGACUUGUGACACGGAAUAAAUAUCUACAAUAUCCCGAAGAGCAGGACCCCGAGAUCUGGAAGAAGUAUGUCAGUCAUGAAAAGUCUGGAUACGCCGCCUACCACGGAUCUACACAACCGCCAGAGAACUCGCAUUUAAUUGAUGAGCUCACCCAGGCGCAUGGAGUAAGAAGUCGAGACGAGAGACACGAUUCUGAGACUUCGUCGCGCACAGUUGGUGAUGGCGUCAACGAGGCCAGUGGUGUGAGGGUCGAUCCCGAGAAGGGCAAAGACCUUCAUGUUAUCGACUGGUAUGGACCGGACGACCCGCAGAACCCGCGAAACUGGUCGCGGGCAAAGAGAUACUUUGUUACCUUUGAGAUUUGCUUCCUCACUUUCUCAGUAUACAUUGGCUCAGCAAUCUACACCCCCGGUCUCAUGGGUGUAAUGGCAGAGUUCGGCGUCGCUCAAGUUCCUGCGACAUUGGGAUUGACGCUGUAUGUUGCAGGAUAUGGUCUAGGGCCUCUUAUCUGGUCGCCUAUGAGUGAGAUUCCGCAGAUUGGCCGUCUUUGGGUGUACAUUAUCACGCUUCUCGUUUUCGUCCUUCUUCAGUUGCCAACUGUCUUCUCCAUCAACUUCGGCAUGCUUCUGGCUUUCCGAUUCUUGACUGGGUUUUUUGGAUCGCCAGCACUCGCGACGGGAGGUGCUUCUAUCGCCGACAUGUAUCGACCCAAGAAACAGGUGUACGGUCUGGCAGUCUGGGGAAUUGGCGCUGUAUGCGGACCUGUACUGGGUCCCCUUGUUGGUGGUUUUGCGGUUCAAGCCAAGGGCUGGACAUGGACCAUCUGGGAGCUUAUGUGGCUUUCGGGCUUCUGUUGGGUAUUCUUGUUCUUCUUCCUGCCAGAGACGAGCGCACCAAACAUCUUGCACCGCAGGACACGAAGGUUAAGGAAGCUGACGGGUGACGACCGUCUCACGUGCGAGGCGGACAUCAUGUCACAAGAGAUGUCCGCAAAGGAUGUCGUCAACAUGAGUCUCCUCAAGCCCAUUACUCUCAACUUCACAGAACCCAUCGUGUUCCUUCUGAACCUUUUCUUUGGUAUCGCGUCCUUUACGCUGUUCCAGGCAGUCUUGCCUUACCUGUCGGACGCCUAUCCAGACUCGGUCGCCAGUGUACUGGCGGGCAACGACUUGAUGAGGUCUUCAUUCGGUGCCGGUUUCCCGCUGUUCGCCACUGCCAUGUACAAGAACUUGGGCAUCAACUGGGCGAGUAGUUUACUGGCGUUCUUGGGCAUCGCCUUUAUCCCAAUUCCAUUUGCGCUGUAUAAAUGGGGAAAGCAGAUUAGACACAAGAGCAAGUUGGCAAGGAAGGAUAUCUAA